AAAAAAAUGAUAAGUCUACUUGUGAAAAAACUUUCAAUGUAACCUAUUGCAAUGAUUGUCAAAAAUUAAUCUUUCAUGAUCUUACACAAGAAGAUAACGAUUGCGCAACAUCCUUUGUUCUUAUUAAAGAAAUCGCAAAAGAAGUUAAAGAACUUGAUAAAGAUAUUGAUAUUUAUAAUCUUACUUAUUUCAAGAAAGGGUUGAAGAAUUAUUGUGAUCAACAAUUCAAUUGUGAUUUACAUACUGCCGAAAAAUAUUGGACUGAAAUUGAACAAGUUUGUGUCAAAGAAUUAAGUGAUAAAAUAGAUUUGAAUGGUGAUCCCAAGAAGGUUGAUAAAACUGUUCUUAUGACUUAUGGCACUUUAUUUACUUAUUACUUUGGAAUUCCGGAACACAAGGCACUCUGUUAUAAGUCUUCAGAUUCUGAUGAAUUUUGCGUUGUCGAUCUUUUAGAGAAACUCAUGAAUUAUGUCAAGGAGGUGACUGAUGCAGAUCCAAAACCUACACUCUCUAUGAAUUUCAAUUACAUUAUUAAGAAGGAUGGUACUAAAGUACCAAUUCCUAAGAAAAUUUUUUGUGGUGAAAAAUGUUUAGAAUAUAUAUCAAAAAUGUAUAUAUCAUGGGUUAAAGAAUAUAAAUUAAGUCCCGAAAUAAUUGAAAAUCUUUAUGGUUCUGAAGAUGAGAUGAUAGAUAAUAUGAGUUGUAAAUAUGAAGAUAAACGAGGAAUUAUUAGACGAACUUCAGAUUUGUAUUUAACCCCUUUUCGUUCUUACUUUUUAAAAUAA